GGUUUACCGCCUUCCAGUGACGUCGUGUGAAUGGUGAGUGCCCCAGGCAGGCCACAGUCCGCAAACAGGUCAAACAGCGGGCCAGGCGAGAGGGUGAGAGUUCCAGUACUUUCUAGAGCGGAUCAUCAGCUCUGGUUGGUCUUACUACAAGUUACUAGCAGGUAUUCUUCCCUUACUCACCAAACACGCUUAGUCUGAACUUCUUCAGCUUCCAACUGACCCUUCACGAUAUCAUUCCCUCCCACUGUCCAAUAUACCCCCCUCCCAUCUUCACUUCCUACUUGCAUAAAUUCCCCCGUUACACACCUCACCUUCAUAAUGCCUGAGCUUUCUAAGGUCCACCCUGAAGUCACAUGGGCCCAGCGCUCAUCUUCCAGCGACGCUGAGCGCAAUUACCUUUAUGUGAACAUCAAAGCUCCCGAUGUAGCUCGUGACGCGGCGACCCUCAAAAUUACCUCCACCAAUGUCACAUUCGCCGGUGAUUCCAAGAAGGGUGUUCGUUAUGAAGUCUCCCUGGAUUUGUACGCUGAGAUCGACCCCGACCACUCCAAGGUGAACCACAGUGACCGUGAGGUUGAGUUGGUCCUGCGUAAGAAGGAGCUGAAGGUGGAAUUCUGGCCCCGUCUUCUGGAGACCACUCAGAAGAUCCACUUCCUCAAGACCGACUUCGAUAAGUGGGUCGAUGAGGAUGAGCAGGAUGAGGUUGCUGAGGAUGACUAUGCGAACAACUUCGGCGGCUUCGAAGGUCUCGGCGGCGAGGGAGGCGGUGGUCUCGGAAACAUUGACUUCUCGAAGCUUGGUGCCGGCCUUGAGGGAAUGGGUGGCGCUGGAGCGGGUUUUGGUGCCGAAGGUGCUGAGGGCGAGUCGCUGUUCUAGGAUGACGAGGAGAUGCCCGAGCUUGAGGAGGCUGACAAGGCUGCUGGGGAGUCGGCUAAGUCCUCUAAGAUCCAGGAGGUCUCUUAAAUAUAUGCAAAAGAUUAUUUGAAACAGGCUUGAUCCAUGACAUUGGUGACGAAUUAAAAUAAGAAUCAAUGAGUUGUAUGAGAU